AUGCCUACGGGGGAUGGACCCGAAGGCAGUGCGAUUUCCACAAAUCCUUGUUCGCAACACCAGGAAGAAGAACAACCCCCCUCCCUCCAAUCUUGGAAAGUCUACGAGGACAGCAAAGCCACAUGGCUCAAUGCAUGGAUCGAGUACGAAACGAACAAGGUUGCCUCUGCAGAGGCGCGCUGGGCAGAGUACGAGAGGACGAAAGGCGACGCCCAACAGAGGUGGAAGGAGUAUAACCAGAGGUCACUGAGACUACCCACAAGGUCCAAAACCAGCAUAGACAUCUCCAUUGACACGGGGUUCAAGUCACCUUCACUGGACUGGCUGCGAUCGGAUGGGUUCAAGCGAGGUGAUGCUAUGGUGGCUAGCCCAACCGAGCUGACGAAUGGCAAUACCCCAACCUCUCCAUCUCUAUACAGGAGCACGCCGAGGAGUCCUCGUGCCCAAUCACAGUCGCCAACGUUGUCCAGACACCAAUCUUCCCCCAUUUCAAUGCGUCAGUCCACCCCAACUGUCUCCAUGAGACGUGCGACCGUUGCAUCGACCACUUCCCCAAUCCGAUCUGCUGGUGGCUUCCCCAGACGAGCUACCACCCCUCCAAACAUCUCACAAAACGAUGAACCGAUCUUCAAUUCGUGGCACACCGAUGAGCUUCUCCGGAAAACCGAGAUGGACCGUCAGCAACGUGAACAACACGAAUCUGAAAAAAUGAGACGACGUGCAGCCGAGCACGCACGACUCCUUCAGCAGCAAAAGGCCCAACAGCAUCAGGAAGCGGAACGUCGACGAGCCGAGUCCGAAGCGGCGAGACUUCGGGCUGCUGAGGAAGCGAGAUUAAAGGAGGAGGAAGCUACUCGCCAAAGGAAGAGGGAUGCAGAAGCUGCAGCCGCGGCCACGGCCGCUGCGUAUGAGGCGCGUAGAUUACAGGAACAACUUUAUGAGCAGCGUCGUCGAGCAGCUGAUGAAGCUCGCCUCCUGGCUGAGCUCAAACGUCAGCGACGGGAACGGGACGAACAGCAGCAGCGAGUGGCUCAGGAGCGAGAGCAUGAGUUGAGGAAGAGGCGCCAGCAGGCUUCUAGGCCGACGUCCCCUCACGCGUACCUGUCCAUGAGCGAUGCGUGGGAGAUGUACGAGCAGAGGUGGCAUUUCACCAUGUCGGACGAGAUCGGAAGCGCUGCUCCAUUGUCAUUCGAAUCUAUUCCAUGGCCGAUGAAUCCUCGACCCACUUCCGUUGAUGAGCUCGAUGGCGCCUUGGUUAAAUCUUUUAUCCUUUCCCCCGCCCAUUCACAGGGCAAACCGGCUAAGCAGAGGCUGCGUGAUCAGCUCCUUCGCUUCCACCCCGACCGCUUUGAGGGGCGAUGGCUUAGCCGUGUUUGCGAGAACGACCGCUCUGCCGUAAAGGAAGGCGUCAACAAGGUAGCCCGCUACCUUAAUGAAGCGCUUUCACAACACUCUUCUUUGUGA